CUAGGAAACGUCUUUCUAAAGUUACCUUUGAUUUCUAUAAUUCCAAAAGUGGAGUACUAUAUAUUCGCAUCAAUAUCCAUACAUUCAACAAAAAACUUGUAAAAUCAUCAGCAAUUGUUCUUCCCUUUAUUCAAUUACUCUGCUUCAAUUUGUGACCCUUUUUUUUUAAAAAUCUGAAUUACAAAUUUACAAUGUCUGCUGGCCUUCUUCAGUUCUACUUCUUCCCAACGGAUUUCCUGAAUUACCCCAAAAAAACUCAAUCAAUAUCAACCAAUACCGGCGUACCCGCUCUUGGAACCCAGAAGAAGAAUCAAGAGUCGGUGUCGGUGGCGCCGCCAUUCCACGGCGGUGAUGCGGGUGGUCAUCUUAUUUCUGUCCCCUCUAAACUGGCGGCGGUAGAGGAUUCUGGUAACAAGAUGGUUCUCAAAGCAAAGCUGCUGCCCAAACCAAACAGGGAUCGUUUUAUCACGGAUAUUAUGUUUGAUGACACCUGGUUUUGAAACUUUUUUUUUUUUUUAAUCGAUUCUGUCAAUUCUCAUUUGGUGUAAAUCUUCUUCUUCUUCUUUUUUUUUCCUUGUUUAAUUAAGGAAUUCUGUGAGUAGUUUUGACCUUUUGGGAUCCAUAACGGGGUAUUAGUGUAGGGUUUGAGUUGUCUUUUAAAAUUGAAUUUUAACAACGUUCUGUUCUCUGGCUUGUGACACAGUUCGUAAAGCUCAUUGUAGAGAGAAAUUUUGUACAACUUCCCACGCCGUACUAAUUAAUUUAAUAAAGUAUUUGAUUUUGUUACCCCACACCGUUUUAUUCGUUUUUUUAAGUUGCUGCUUUGUUCUCCUUCCAUCACAUACAAUUAAUUCACUUUUUAUAGUGAAAGGCGACAUUUAGAGUGAGUGAGCCCUAGCAGUUAGGGCGUUGUACAUUUAAGCGCGAUAUUGUAGGUUCGAUUUCUGUCGCGGACGUGAGAAGCAGGCAGCUAAAGGAGAAAGUAUAGUUGCUCUACUCCCUUUGUAAUAGCCUAGGUAUCUCUAAAGUAUCAAUAGUUGCGACCUAAAUAUAUAUAUAUAUAUAUAUAUA